AGGAGGAGGACGAAGAGGAAGAGGAGGAGGAGGAACAGCAGCCGCCGCCAUGUCCAGCUCCGGCAGCGAUGAUGUGCAGAUAACGAGCGUAAUUGAUGCAAACGGUCAAACGCUGCCGCUGCACGGCAACAGUCUGGGCGGAACACUGGGUCCACCCGUCAAGCAGGAGGACGAUGCGGAAAUCCGUGAACUCGCUGCCAAAAUGAAGGAGCAACAAAAGCAACAGGCUGCACAACAGGCCAGCCGACAGGCGGCGGCAGCAGCGGCCAUGCAGCAUGCAAAUGGCGGCAUUGGCGGCAGCGUCAGCGGUGGCGGUGCUGCUGCGGGCGGCGGUGCUGCUGGUGCAGGUGCAGGGGGUGGAGGAGUGGCCAUGCAGCCACCGAUAACAAAUGGCAACGGACAAACGAAUAUUAUGAGCUAUCUGUCGCGCCACCAAAAGUUACCCAAUGGCAGUAUGCAUCUGGUGCCGGCACUUACAACAUCAAAUGGCCGUGCCAAUGGCUCAAUGCUGGCCAAUGAUAAGAAUAAUGGUAGCACUGGCGAUAAGAAAUCGUCCAGCUCGGGUGGCCCUUGCGAUGAGGAAUCGAUCAAGGGCCACUUUGGCUGGGCACAAUUUGGUAAAGUAUCGAUACCAUAUAUCUAUCGGCAAUCGGAAAAAUAUUGCUCGGUGCGAAUGAUCGAACUGAAGCUGCUUGGCAAAUAUUUAAAUUGUCUCCAUCCCGACAUCUACUCCAGCUGCACCUGCGUGCGCAGCUAUUAUAUAACGGACGCCGAGGCGCGUCUCUUUAUCGAAAUCAAUCACAAGCAUUGCGAUGGUGAAUUCGGUCGCGAUAUAUUCACCCAAAAGGAUUUGGUGGUCCGUCUAAGUGAUGCAUCCAAAUUUCAUCAGUUUCUCGAUAUAUGUUAUCGCAAAUUGAUUGCGGGCAGUAAAAUGCCAUCGGAGAAAUGCGGUUUCAUACGGAUCAACAAGGAGUCCGUUGUACCGUACACUGUCCGGAAUAAUCAGCAGGUUGUGCCGCUCUUCUAUUUUGAGGGCGAAACAGAGAAUUUAAAGACGAAAGCAGAACUAUUAAAUGGCUGGGAUUUGGCAUAUCUGAAGUUCUGCUGCAAGGUUCAGGGUAUACGCAAUGAGCUAUUCUCGAGCGAGAAUGUUGCCGUCAUCUCAUUGACGGACAUCAAAAGCUAUUUUCCCAAUGGCACCGAAUUCGAGGACUAUUGGCCCAGCAAGGUGGUCGACUCCAAUCUGCUCAUCGGUAAUCGGGCCAAUGUCAAUAAUUCGGUCAACUGGACACGUCAACCCACAGCGCCACCGCCAAAGAUAACGACGAACAGCAGUAGCAGCAGCAGCGGUGGCAGCGUUAACAAUACUGGCAACAGUGGCGGCGGCGCUGCCUCAGCAGCUGCACAAAAGUCACAACAACAACAGCAGCAGCAACAACAGCAGCAGCAACAGCAGCAACAACAGCAGCAGCAUUCGACAGUUGCAAGCAGUGUGCAGCAGCAACAGCAUUUGAUGAAACAACGCGCUGCUGUUGCAGCAGCAGCUGCUGCAAAUGGCGUCGCCGGCAAUUUCCCAUCGGCGGCGGCAGCAGCGGCCGCAGCCGCAUUCAAUACGCAUGCAGCGGCAAUAAUGCAGACGCAGGGAAAUUCCCGUAUGCUGACGCAGGCAACGGUGCAGGCAUUGGCCACCGGUGGCUGGAUGAAUAGCCAGAACAAUGUGCCCCAGUUACAUGUACAAAUGUUGGCGCAACAAACGCAUGCGAAUGCAAACCGAGGCACAUACCGCGAACACCUAAACAACAUGAUGCUGAGUGGGAGCAGUCGUCAGCCGUAUACGUAUAAUAAUCCGGCGAUAUCCAUGUCCUCGGUGAAUAGUAGUGGCUCCAAUGCGCCGCCGCCGUUAGUUCGUUCCGCGGCAGGGCAGGCGGCCAAUCACAUGUCAAAUGUCGAGCAAUCACUGGUGCAACAACAACAACAACAACAACAGACACAACAGCAACAACAACAACGACAACAACAACAACAACACCAUAGUAGCACAUUUAACAACCAUGCACAACACUCCCCAAACACGCACAGCCCACGUAGCCAUCAUCAUGGCCAUGCCCUUGCCAACAACAACAACAACAGCAACAAUACGCGCAACUCCUCGUCCUCGUCCAAUACCAAUUCCAACUCCAUCCACCAAACAUCAAACACCAGCAACAGCAGCAGCAACAACAACAGCAACAAUAACAACAACAGCAGCAGCAGCAACAGCAGCACCGCAGCUUCGGCAACAUCGGCUGCUGCUGCUGCUGCUGCCGCUGCCGCAGUAGCUGCCAAUAUGCAUGCGUUGUUGGGCAGUCCCUUUAACUAUAAUAUGCCCUCGACACGUGCUGAUUACACGAAUCUGGCGCUGUGGAAUCAAUUGACGCCCACGCAGCGGUUGCUAUUCACGCAGCAGAUGAAGGGCGCCACUGUUGCGAAUGCGUCGCAGAAAUCGCACAGCAGCACAGCGGCGUCGGCAACAGCAGGUGGCAAUUUUCCGGCGUUACCAUCACUGCCACUGGACACGGAUCUGAUAACGAUGCUGGACUACAAUAAUCCCAAUAAGCAGACGACGAAUCAUAACAAGAGCAGUAAGGCGGCAGCUGGUGGCACCUUUACGAAGCCCACAGUGCCGCCACUGAUAUCAGAUGAGCAUCACCAGCAGCAACAGCAACAGCAGCAGCAGCAUCACCAUCACCAUCAUCAUCACAACCAUCACCAUCACCACAACCACCAUCAGCAGCAGCAGCCAAUUGGCAAAAAGCAACGGGGAGGCGGUGGUGGUGGUGGUGGUAGUGGUAGUGGUGGUGGUAGUGUUGUCACAACAAUACCAUUAAACUCCACGCAAGCGUUGGAGGAUUUUGAAAAGAAAUUUAAUAUGACGGACGAGAUGCGAGCCGUUAUACACAAGGUGAUAGCCAAUCCAGAUCUCUCCACAUCCAUACAGACCAAUGCGAAUAAUAAUAAUAAUAAUGCAAAUACAAAUCCAAAUAAUACACAUCCCCUGACCUCGUACAUAUCGCCGCCCAUGUCGCCGGCAAUUGGUGCCACAAAUGUGACCACCUUGUCGCUGGCCUCCAAUCCCAAUGUGACCAUAACACCACAAUUGCCUGGCCACUUUCUGCACUCACCCUCCAGCAGUUGCUCCAGUUCGAGUGCAUCCACAACGGCUGCCUCGCCGCUGGGCAGCAGCAGCAGCUCUGGUGGCGGUGGUGUUGGUAUCGGUGGUGUGGCUGUGGGUGGUUCAAAUAAUGUUGCUGUUGGUGGUGCCGCGACAGCGCGUCAAAAGAGUGUCAUUUGCUCCACGAAAGCGAAUGCGUUGCCACUGGCAAUAUUAUCCUUGGCCGGCAGCAGCAGCAGCACCAGCAGCGGUGGUUCGACUGCAAAUGCUGCUGGCAGCGGGGGUGGUGGUGUAGGUUGUGCAAUUGGUAUUAGUUCCACGCGUCACAAGCAAUCGCUUAGCGGUUUUGGUCGUCAGUCACACAGCCAUCAAUUUAAUGUCGGUAGCUGCCAUUUGGUCGAUGGCAUUGGCAGCACCACAAUUACGCCCAGCACAACGCCCACUGAUGUUAUCGAUUUGUCUUCAUCCCGAAGGUCGCUAGCGGCAUUUCAUCAGCAGCAGCAGCAGCAGCAACAGCAGGCCGUCGCCGCCCACCAGCAACAGCAGCAGCAGCAGCAACAACAGCAGCAGCAACAACAACAACAACAACAACAGGCCGCACAGCAACAGCAUCAGCGAAUGACCACUGCACUUGUGCAACAUAUGCAAAAUGGUGGCACACGCAGCGGUGCCGGCAGCAGCAGCAGUGGCGGCAACAGUGGCGGCAGCGCUAACAGCGGUGGUGGUGGCGGCAACAACUCCGGCGUAAACAGUUCAUCCAAUGGCGGCGGCAGUGGUGGUGGCAGUUCCGGCGGCGGCGGCAGUUCGGGCGGCAGCAACAGCGCCUCGAUGCAUCUGCAACGUCAUGCGGCGGCCCUGGCUGCCGCUGCCUGUGUCAGCAGCGCGUCGAGCGGAGAUGGUGCGCAACGGCUGUGCGUCAUACCGGAGAUACCCACCAGCAACAUGAACCUAAUACCGUACAAGGUGCAGAAGGUGUGCAUCGACAAGCAUCUGGUGCCCUGCAUCAACAUGAAGGCCUACAGUGAAUCCGAGCAGCUAAUGACCCUAGCCGAAUUCCAAAAGAACUUCUUCCCCUCCGUCGCCCUCGAUCAUUGCAAGCGUCUCAUCGAGGCGCUUUGCGUAGAGCUCUACAAGGCGAACCGGCGACAGGUGCAAAUACUGAUGGAGUACGAUCGUUCCUACAAUGAGAAUAUGCCGCUUGUUCAGGUGCGCGACAUAAUCAAAUACAUGACGCAGUUGACAUUCAUGACAAGGCAGUCGGAGCAGCCGCCGGCGAAGCGUACGCGCACCAGCUAGGAUUUAAGUUGGGGAGCACAACAUUUGCCUACAACAACAACAGCAGCAGCAGCAGCAGCAGCAGUAACAACAACAGUA